UCCACGCAUCCAACUACUAGUCGCAAUCUCUAUUAAAAUCUUGGGAAAAAAGUAUAUAAAUAUAUAUAUAUUGUUAUAUUUCGCUUGGCUUGAUCAAGACCCGUCCCAGACUUGAUCAAUCCUGAUUAGAAAAUACAAUUAGUGAGAAUUAAAUAUUAAAAUCGUUUUAAAUACUUGCGAACUGCUCGUUUCAUAUUAUCGCGCGUAGUCAUAAAUUGUUAUAUUGUUUUAUAAGUAAUGAGUAUUCGUGAGAACUAAAUAUCUUUAAUACUCAUAAAUUGUCUAUGAGAUAACAUUUACUCAUUUCAGGAGCUUCAAAUCACGAGCUCGGAAUCAACGGAAAGUUUUCAGCCAAGUCCACAAAGUCAAUCAUUUUUCAAAAUUAUUCUCCAAAAAAAUGAUUUAUUAGACGAAAUUUAUUUCCAAUCAAAAUCAUAUUAAUUAUCUAAAAUGAUAGUUCACGGGGUGAUACGAUUAUCAGCUAUUUUUUUAUUCAUAAUUAGUCCAAUUGAUGCAGGACCAAUUGAUACGUCACGAAAUGACAAUGGAGAAUGGCAACUCAAUAUCAUUCAUACCAAUGAUAUGCACUCAAGGUUUGAACAAACAACUCAAUUAUCAGCACCCCAUUGUUCGGCAAGUUUAGAAGAAAUGAACCAAUGUUACGGUGGAUUUCCACGAAUCGCGACUCUUGUAAAACGUGCAAAAUCAUCUAGCACACCGACACUAUUUCUUAAUGCCGGUGACACUUAUUCAGGUUCUAAAUGGUUCGAUAAUUACAAAUGGGAAGUCGUUGCUCAUUUUCUCAAACUGUUGUCUCUUGAUGCAAUGUCUCUAGGGAAUCAUGAAUUCGACGAAAAACCUGAAGGUCUUAUUCCCUUUGUCAAAAGUGUACCAUUUCCUGUGCUGGCCUGCAAUUUAGAUCUUACCGGGGAACCAGAAUUGGCUCAAUCUGGACUCAAAAGCAAGACUGUUUUUGAUGUUGACGGGCAUAAAGUUGGUGUUAUUGGUUACGUAACCACCGAAACGAAAUCCAAGAAAACUCGUAAGGUUGAAUUCUUAGACGAAAUUGAGUCCAUAAAGCGCCAAGUUGAUGAACUGAAACAAGAAGGCAUCAACAUAAUAAUAGCCGUUGGUCAUUCCGGGUAUGCGCGUGAUUUAGAAAUUGCUGAGGCUGUUGAGGGCUUGGAUCUACUUAUCGGUGGCCAUACCAACACAUUUCUGUACCAUGGAACAGAACCAGAUGUUGAAAAGAAAAACGGAUCUUAUCCGACAGUCGUCAAACAGAAAAGGAAUGACGGAAAAAUUAAAAAAGUUUACGUUGUUCAAGCUGGUGCUUACACUAAAUACCUUGGCAACGUUUCAAUUAUCUUUGAUCGUGACGGUGAAAUAACACACAUCGAAGGCAAUCCUAUUUUGGUAGACAGUAGUGUUCCUCAAGACCCAGAAGUGCUUAAGGAACUCGAUAAUUAUGGACGUCCUUAUUUUAACAACACAGAAGCUGGUGUUACAAACGUUUUUCUAGACGGCAGAGAUUUCGUUUGUCGAAAGUCUGAAUGCAACCUUGGUAACCUUAUCACUGAUGCAAUGGUCGAACAUCACAAAUUACAAUACACGGGUUCUGACGGAUGGACUGAUGCUGCAAUCGCUGUUCUUGCAGCUGGUACGAUUAGGAGCUCUAUUGAAACACCGAUUGGUCAUAAAAUAGUGCAAGGUGAAAUUGACUUGGUUCUAUCAUUUGAAAGUCAUGUUACAAAAGUUGACGUAACUGGGGCAGAGUUAAUCAAAGCGUUAGAAAACAGUGUCUACCGUAUUGUUAACAAUGAUAUUGGCGAUUUGAAGGGACACUUUUUACAAGUUUCUGGCAUAAAGGUGGAAUUUGAUUUGAGCAAAGAACCAGGACAUAAAGUUGUUGAGGACAAAUUAUUUGUUCGCUGCGCAAAAUGCGACGAUGCUCAUUAUGAAAAAAUUGAUGAAAAUAAAAUUUACGGCGUUCUUGUUGACAGUUGGUUAGCUGGCGGUGGGGAUGAAUAUACCAUGUUUAAAAAGGAUUCAAAAUUAGUUCAUGCUGCUAUGUUGAAUAGUACUGUGUUUGAAUAUGUCAAGAGAAAUAGUCCAGUGAAUCAUCAAGUUGAGUCACGCAUAACUUUUGUUCCUCCACCGAAUGAUGAUGAUUUUAGUUUUGAAUUCAUAUCUGAAAUUUUAGAAGACGUAAUUUCUUAUUUUCCCUUAGACUUUUGAUAGGUAUCUUACCUGUAGUAAAUUUAAUUUGACAAAUAAAAAACUUAAAAUUUGUCUAUAU